GUUUUUGUUUGUUUUUGAGAAAAAGGAAAGAAUGGAUUACUUCUAAAUCCUUACAAGAGUACUGAGAAAAACUAGCAGUCAGCUUUGAAACAUAGAGAAAUGUUACAAAGGACCAUGUAAAUACCUGCAGUGGAGCAGGCAGGGAGAGCAGUGGUACUAAGUUACAUAUCCCCUGUGUCCAGCACUUUCAGAAGUCAUUCAUUCCUGCAGUGUGAGAUGCUGCCUUUCUGACUUACAUGGGUGUUACUGCGGGCACUUAACGAGCUGCUGAGCAACAGGGUGGGACCACUUGGUGCCAGGCUGAUGGAAACCCUCAUGUUGCACUUGUGCAGUGUUUCUCUGCUACCUUAUUCUUUGCCAGUGCCUGUGCAGUAGUUAAGUCUGGAGAUGCGAUACAUCAGGCGUUUCAAAAAAGAAAAACAUUUGCAAACAGAGCAGGAAGUAUAAAAUAUCUGAACUGGUCCAUAGUGUAAAGCAUAAAUUAUGUAGCUGAAAAGGAUGCGUUCCUGGGGUUGUCUGGAUUCAGUCUUGGCAAUGAGGUGUUACCAAACUGGCUUUUAUUCCUGAGGGCUUUUUGUGCCCUUUCCUUCUGCAGAUGCUGCUGGCUGUGGUGAGAUGGGCGCUGGCUGCCAGAGGCAGAUUAAGAUUUAGGAAUGUAGCAGAAAGGGCUGGAGCCAGCUGCCUGUACGCUCCCAUCCGCUUCUUCAAAGAACACAGUAGGAGAGGCAGGAAUAGGCUGGGGGGUUACUGCACAUUAAAUACUGGCACAGCAAAAUGAUGGCUUUGCCAAUAAGAAGAUAUGUUUUGUUCUUUGAAAUAGCAUAGAGGGGUGCAGACUAACAAUGCUGCCGCAGUGCUGGUAUGGUACCCUGCCCAUAUGGGACCCGCAUUCACAGACAAAGGGAUGUGAAUAUGAAUUGACUCCCUCGUACAUGGCCAGGCACAAGUUCUUCAAUUUAUUUCUUAACUUCAAUAAACAGAAAAUGACAUAGCGGAUCCCAUGUCAGCCAAAAGAGCCAUCUGUGGUCUAACCCUGUGACAAACAGUGUAGCAAUAAUUCAAGUGCCACCAACAGUGUGGAGUUUGCCAAAAAAGCAGAUGCUUCUUUUGACAUGCAUCUUCAGCGCUGUGCUGUUUCUGUCCUAUAAUUGCUGUCUAUGGAGGGAAGGUGGGUAGGCUGUCCAGAUGAGCAGAAUGCUGAAAUUGCAUUUUUUUUGGGGGGGGAGAGGGGGGAAGGAGAAUUAGGAUUAUUUUUUUCCUUUGGGAAAAAAAUGUAAGAAGGGCUGAAAUCAAAAACUGUGAAGUUUAGCUACGUGCCUCAUGAAACCUCUGAUGUUUUGUAAGUAAGAGACAAUAUUUAUGAGAGCUUAAUAGAAAUCUUUAUUACAUGUAAUAUAGAAGAACAGUAAAAAAUACUUCAGGAAAGUGCUGUAAUUUUUUUUUCUUAUGUGGAAUUUUUAUGAGAACGUUUUUUUUCUGUAUUCUCUUAAAGAAGAGGUUGGUCAGACAUGCUGUUACUGUGCUGCCAGUAUUACAGAUAUUCAAGCAGUUCUCUGGAUAAGCCCAAGUUAUCUUCAUGUCUGUAGCAUGUUCUUUUUCUAAUGUGGUACUUGGAAUGCAGGCAGCAACUUUGUGAGAUACUGAGUUAGCUGGCCAGCUGCUGGGAUGAGAUGACGGAUGACAUCCCAAAUUGCUGAGAAGUGGGAGUGGCUUCAUGAGUGUUGCAUAUUUACUGCUUCCGUUUAUGAAACUAUGAACUUAAUUACCUGCGCUCAUAAAAAUAUGCAUCUUAACUUGUCGUAAACACAGAUACUUGACAGCAGUCACUUUUGGAUUAUGUUGAAUAUUGUCCAUGGCCCCAUUUGUUAGCAGUGGAGGCAAAAGUUCCAACUAGAUGAUGGCACAAAAGGUGAAUGAAGUCACAGCUGAGCUGAGGAUCUGCCUCAGCGCAGGAGCUAUGCUAAAAAUGAAGUAAGCAGUCCAUUGUACCAGCCCACCCAAUGGCUCCUCCUAGUCCCAGCACCACCAGCAGUAAUAACAACAGUAGUAGCAGCAGCAACUCAGGAUGGGAUCAAUUAAGUAAAACAAACCUUUACAUCAGAGCACUGCCUCCAAACACCACUGAUCAGGACCUGGUAAAAUUAUGCCAACCGUAUGGGAAAAUUGUAUCCACGAAGGCUAUUUUGGAUAAGACAACGAACAAGUGCAAAGGUUAUGGCUUUGUUGACUUCGACAGCCCAGCAGCUGCUCAGAAGGCAGUUUCUGCUCUAAAGGCUAGUGGAGUCCAGGCACAAAUGGCAAAGCAACAAGAACAGGAUCCAACGAAUUUAUACAUUUCCAAUUUGCCACUUUCAAUGGAUGAGCAGGAGCUUGAGAACAUGCUUAAGCCUUUUGGGCAGGUUAUCUCUACAAGGAUAUUGCGUGACUCGAGUGGGACAAGCCGUGGUGUUGGCUUUGCCAGGAUGGAAUCAACAGAAAAAUGUGAAGCAGUGAUUGCUCAUUUUAAUGGAAAAUUCAUAAAGACACCAGCAGGAGUUUCUGUUCCUGCAGAACCUUUGUUGUGCAAGUUUGCCGAUGGAGGACAGAAAAAGAGACAGAAUCAGAAUAAAUACAUACAGAAUGGAAGAGCAUGGCACAGAGAAGGCGAGGUGAGACUUGCUGGAAUGACACUCACUUAUGAUCCAACCACAGCUGCUUUACAAAAUGGAUUUUAUCCAUCACCCUACAGUAUUACAGCAAACAGAAUGAUCACUCAAACAUCUAUUACGCCAUAUAUUGCUUCUCCAGUUUCCACAUACCAGGUUCAGAGUCCUUCUUGGAUGCAGCCUCAACCAUAUAUAAUGCAGCACCCAGGUGCUGUACUGACUCCCUCCAUGGACCAUACCAUGUCACUACAGCCUGCAUCAAUGAUAAGCCCUUUGACGCAGCAGAUGAGUCAUCUUUCAUUAGGCAGUACUGGAACAUACAUGCCAGCCACAACAGCUAUGCAAGGAGCCUACAUACCCCAAUACACACAUGUCCAGACAGCAGCGGUUCCUGUUGAGGAAGCCAGUGGUCAACAGCAGGUUACAGUAGAGACGUCCAGUGACCAUUCUCCGUAUACGUAUCAACAAAAUAAGUAACUGUGAGAUGCCCGGUGUUGACCUGGCCUGGAGAAGGGUGCAAAGGCUGAAACAAUCAUGGAUUUUACUGAUCAAUUGUGCUUUAGGAAUUAUUGACAGUUUUGCACAGGUUCUUGAAAAUGUUAUUUAUAAUGAAAUCAACUAAAACUAUUUUUGCUAUAAGUUCUAUAAGGUGCAUAAGAAAAACCUUAAAUUCAUCUAGUAGCUGUUCCCAUGAACAGGUUUAUUUUAGUAAAAAAAAAUUUUUAUCAAGUGUUACGACGCAAAAAAAAAAAAAAAUUCAAAUUUCUGGGUAUGCACAGAUGACCACGAAGACUAUUCAUGUGCAUGACAGAAUUUGUGUUUUGGUUUAUUUUUAUUUCCUUUGUUUCCUUUUAUUUUUUUCCUUUUUUUUUUUAAUUUUUUUUUUUAAUUGUAUGAAAUGGGUUUUCUGAAGUUUAAAAUAGUAAAACAUCUAGGAUGAUGUUCUGUGCUUGCAGUGUGUGAGUGUUGCUUUAGUGCAGUGUUGCAGUUAUAGCGUCUGGUCUUUUAGCCUUCUGUUUUUCUUUUAAUGUAGUGUGAAGUGUCUUAUCCUUUUCUAUGAAUUCCAAUUUGCCUUAAAUCUUUCGAUGCUGUAGCUAUUUCAGUAAGUAGUCCAAACUAAUGGUGUAGAAUGCUUUGACCAAAUGAGCUGGUCUAUUAUGCCUUGUAAAACAGCAGCAUAGGGCUUUUAAAGGUAGUCAAUAAAAAUUGCUGAAAAUUUGGCUUUUUUAAUGUGUAGUAAGUGUUUUUAAUGAUUUUUCACAUAAUAUGUAAGGUAGUGAAACGCAAGAGGGGAAAACUGUUUUGUGUGAAACACAUUUUCUGAUGGGGAAAUUUUAAUAGGAUAAAUCGUUUGUAAGGCCGUACGCCGAUAGCUCCCUCUGGUAGUUCGGAUGACUUAGGAACUCUGCUGUAUGAUGCAAUGUAAAAUCUUUUUUUGCCUUUUUUUUGGAAACUAACUCGAUGUUCUAGUUUUAGCGUAGGUAGAAUAGGGAGUUUGGGGUGGGGAUCUCACCGAAUGUUUUUGUCCUUCCUUUAUACUAAUGAUAGUGCUUUAGGAUGAGGAUCGUACUGAGACUUAGCAAACACAAAAGUUGCUAUUGCAGCAAAAUGGCAAAAGCUAAAGGACUCGUUUUCAAACACAAGCUGAGAUGCAAGGAGAAGCAUAAUUGAUUGGGUACUAGCUCUCUAUUGUAGGUAAAUAAAAAUAAAAAGACUUGGCACUUUUAAAAGGUAACUUUACCAAAGAACAAAGAGCCAGUAACCAAUAAUUUUGAUUUGUCUCAGCAUUACGUCUUCUGUACUCUUUAUUUUUGCCGGACCAGUUUGCGGUUAGGAGAAUGUGCCUUUUUUGUACAUUUGCAUUUAGGUUUUAUAAUUUUAAUUGACGUAUGGACACAAAAGCAUGAAGGAAGACUUGGAUCCAAGCAGUGCCACACUUUACAUCAUCACUACAAGUGUUAAGUGUAAAGAAAACCGAUUUUGAAACUAUGAAAUUCCUGAUUCAUAAAUACAGUUAUUUGUACUUCACAUAUUAGAUAAUUCACUGCUACUAAAGCUCUUUAUUACGAUCGCAUAUGUUUUAAAUCAAACGAUAAAUUAAGUUGUCUUCCAAAACUGUGUACUUCUCUGGUCAGCUGUAUGUGAUCAGUUAUCUACCUCAAAGUUUAUUUCCUUUUGUAUUGGGACAGGUUGCUGGCCCUCCCUGUUUCCACAGACCAAAUCAUCCCGGCUCAGGAGCUGGGGCUAACAGUUGUUUCUUUCGAGUAUUUUUUAGUUUUUAAAUUUUGUGUGAGUAUUGGAGUAUAGAUGUCGGUGACAUUUCAUAGUUUCAAAAGUAAAUUGCUGCUCUGAGAAGUGUAGAUUCUAGUGAAAUACAUAGUCGUAAGAGAUGUGUUUUUGUUUUUUCUUUUUUUGAAAAGUUGUGGUAUUAUUGGUUCUAUGCUCCCUGGAAUAUUACUGCUUUGUCAAAGUCCAGACUUUCUGCAGCACCUUCCCUGGGUCGGGUGGAUUUCCAUGCCUGGAUCUCUUACUACUUGAUACUUUUGCGUUGCUUCGAACCGCAGUAUGGUGGCUGUGUUAGAGGGAGGGAAGAGCUGCUGCCGAAACGUCUGAACUAAGUGCCAUACUCAUUGUCUGGGUAAGAUUUGGGAAAUUUAACCUCUGUACAUAAAGAAAUGAUCAGUUACUUAACCAUCACAUAGUAGACAGCCAUUAAAUUAUAAAAAAUUAAUUUAUGAAGAAAGACCUUUUGUACAGAUUGAAAAAAAAAGAUUUUCAUAGAGAUAUCUAUAUGAUCAAGAGAGUUAAUUUUUUAUUUUUGUUUUACUAGUGCCACAAACUUGCCAGUGGUAACUUAUUUGUCCGGUUCAAGAUAACUCUGUAGUUUUGUUUCCUAGGACUUGUUGUUAAACGCCAAAAGACAUUUUUGAACUGUAAAUUUGAUUAGAUUGUUAGCUUUUUUCUGUUUUAUUUCUUUGAAAACUUUUGAAUAAAAAAGAUCCAAAAAAAAACCAAC